CACCUCCGCCACCGUUCUCUCUCUCCAGCUUUAUUUGAAACUUGAUUGCUGGACUUACAUCUUCUACUGGCCAAAGCAAAAUCAGUGUCCAGUACUUAAAAAGAAUUAGCCGCUAAUUCUGAUGUUUUUACUGUAAAUUCUAACCAACAUUGGUCCAAUUCUAUGGAUCUUCCUUCUUCGAUAGCUCUCCACACAUUAUCUCGUGCCUCUCUCUGGCCUUACACAUCGAAAAAUUCUCACUUACUACAUCGUAAAGGGUAUCGGAUAAGAUUGGAAUGUAAAGCCAAGCAUGUUCGAGUUGAAUUGAGUUCCGAGAAUGAUAAGGAUGCUUCACUGAAUGGGAAUCGGAAUUUGAAUCGCGAGAAUUCAGUGGAAGUUGGGAGUAUAUGGGAAAGUUCUGAGUUUUUAGAAGUUAUUGGCUUUGGAAGCAGGAAAGACGCCAUUGUUGAUUUUUGUUUUGGUUCCCCUUUCCUGUCCCCGGCAUUGAGAUUUUGGUACGCUCUUUGUUGUCACUGGCUCUUCCUUUGCACAAAAGGAUAGUAAUGUACCCAACAACUGG